CUCGUAAGCGUAUUUUGAUUUUAAUUAGGUACCUAUUAUUGAUUUUCAAACUAUUGGUACGUAGAUAGGUACCUAUAAUUAUAGUUAUUAGUAUCCAACUUGUGCGAUGUCAUCGUUCAAAUCGAAUGCUUUUGGCACAGUAGGUAAUAGGUAAUUAUUCACGCAGGUAGAUUAUUUUGUCUCAUUAUGGAUUUAUAAUUUUACAAAUUACGAACGGAUCGUUGUUUUAGUUUUUUAACACCAACCAUCUGUUCAACUUGAAUGAUUUAAAAUUGUGAAAUCUGUCGGUCGUACAAUCGCGAUGAUAAUUUCAAUAUUAUCAUAGGUAUUAUAUACAUAUGUAUAAGAGCUUUCUUACUAGAAAGGAUGCAUGAAAAUUUUAUUAUAAAGGGUUCGUUGCCUAGUUACUAUGAAAUGUUUUUAAAAAACUCACGAAAAAAACGCACGCUAUUGGAAAAUUUACGAAAACAAAAUUAGUAAUAGUUGUUAAAUUAUGAGACUUAUUUGAUAUUCGUGAUGCGAAAAUAUGAACCGUUUGAAAGUCGAUUGUGGUGAAAUGACAUUAUUUUAUGAUAAAUCACUAGUUCUUAUGUCAGUUGUUUAAAAUUAUGAGAAACAACCACAAAACGUAUAGGUAUUCAUUUCGUUCGUUUCAAUAACAAAAUUCUUAAAGCUUUUUUUUUUUUUUUUUUUUGGUAAAUGGAUUUAUGUUAUUUUUCUAUGAGUAUUGAUGGAUAGGUAAUCAUUUAAUACACCCUGAAGAAUAAAAUUCGACAAAUUUAAAAUGCGGCCUGGGACGAGAACAUCCUCAAGAACCAUGGAUCGAUAUGAGAAACUCGGCAAAUUAGGAGAAGGCAGUUACGGAGUAGUUUUCAAAUGUCGCAAUAAAGAGACUGGUCGUAUUGUAGCUAUCAAAAAGUUCGUGGAAUCUGAAGACGAUCCUUUGAUAAGAAAAAUCGCUUUAAGAGAAAUAAGACUUUUAAAAAGUUUGAAACAUCCAAACCUGGUCAAUUUGAUAGAAGUAUUUCGCAGAAAAAGAAAAUUACAUUUAGUUUUUGAAUACUGUGAUUUGACCGUGUUGAACAUAUUAGAAAGACAUCCGAAUGGCUGCCCGGAUAUUUUAAUCAAACAAAUUGUGUGGCAGAUACUACAAGGGGUUGAUUACUGUCACAAACACAACUGCAUACAUAGGGAUAUUAAACCAGAAAAUAUUCUGAUAACCGAACAAGGUGUUGUAAAAUUAUGUGAUUUCGGUUUCGCAAGAAUGAUGAGUCCUGGCGAAAAUUACACCGAUUACGUUGCAACAAGAUGGUAUAGGGCUCCAGAAUUGUUAGUCGGUGAUACCAUGUAUGGACCUCCAGUUGAUAUUUGGGCCAUAGGUUGCGUAUUCGCUGAAUUAAUAAGGGGUGAAGCCUUGUGGCCAGGAAAGUCUGACGUUGAUCAAUUAUAUUUAAUAAGAAAAACAGUAGGAGAUCUCAUAGCUAGGCAUGUCCACAUUUUCAAAAUGAAUGAAUUUUUUAAAGGAAUAACAUUGCCUCAACCUGAUACCGUUGAAUCGUUAGAAAGUAAAAUUCCAAAAGAAGUUCAAAAGGAUCCGAGAAUUUUAGAUUUUUUGAAAAAAUGCUUAGAUAAAGAUCCAUUGAAAAGGUGGACUUGCGAGCAAUUACUCAGGCAUCCUUAUUUUGACAAUUUUCUAUUUAAAAUACCAGACAAUGAAUUAGAAGAAUUUGAAAGAUUAAGGAAAAUUCGCGAAAAGUCGAAAGAUUUACUGAAUCGACAGUCGAAUGUUUACUAUGCCCAAAUCACUAAUUCUUCGUCAAUUUUUCCUCAAUUAUCGAGCAACACAGCGAGUCCAGAAUCCCAAAAAGUGAGCAGUUCGCAUACUGACCAAUCACCGAAAACUUUUGAUCAUUUGCCAGAUAUUUGAAAUUUACAAAAAAAAUACCGUUUGAAUAUGAAUGGUAUUCAUCAAAAUCGUUGAUAAAAAUGAAUAGGUACAUGAAUUAGAUUUGAGCAUCGUUUUUUAUAAUUACAGGUACCUACGUAUCUGUCAUCGUUUUGUUUUUGUUUAUUUUUUGUGUUUUACCAAAAAAAAAAAAAAUGUGUAAUCAAAAUUGUUUUGGUGUUUUAUGUAGGUUCCCAUGUUCGUAGGUAUAGGUACAUAGGUAUAGUUAUUAUAUGUAUUUACUUGUACGUCUUGAUGUGUAAUUUGAGUCACCUUUUUAUGUAUUUUUCUAUUUUACUUUUCUACCAAUAAAAUAUACAAUGAAAGAUUCAAA